AUGUCCCCAUUAUCUCCCCAUCCAACCCCAUUCCGCCACUUACCUACCCGCUUCUUCUUCUCCGCUUCCCUGCCUUCCCUGCCUUCCCUGCCUUCCCUCCCUUUCAUCUCUUCCCUCCCAUCCUUCCCUUCCGUCCCGUCCCUCCCGUCCCACCCUUCCCUCCCGUCCCUCCCGUCCCACCCUUCCCUCCCGUCCCUCCCGUCCCACCCUUCCCUCCCGUCCCUCCCGUCCCACCCUUCUCUCCCUUCUCACGUAUCCCUCCCUUCUCUCCCUGCGCUCCCUGCCCUCCCUUCCCUUCCUUCCCUCCCUUCUUUCCCUUCCCUCCCUUCUCUCCUUUCCCUCCCUUCUCUCCCUUCCCGCCCUUGUCUCCCUUCCCGCCCUUCAGUCCCUUCCGUCCCCUCCCUCCCUUCUCUCCCUUCCCUCGCUUCCCUCCCUUCCCUCCCUUCCCUCCCUUCUCUCCCUUCCCUCCCUUCUCUCCCUUCCCUCCCUUCUCUCCCUUCCUCUCUUCGCUCUCUUCCCUACCCUUGCAGCCUUCCCUCCCUUCCCUCUCUUACCUCCCCGCGAUUUCCCUUCUCCUCCCGUCCCGCCGUUCUCUCCCUUCCCACCCUUCUCUCCUUCUCUCCCUUCCCUCCCAUCUCCUCCCUUCCCUCCCCCUUCUCUCCCUUCCCUCCCGUCUCUCCCUUCCCUCCCUUAUCAACCUUCCCAGCCUUUUCUCUCUUUCCUCCCUUCCUCCCUCCUUCCCUCCUUCCCUCCUUCCCUCCUUCCCUCCUUCCCUCGCUUCCCUCCUUCCCUCCCUUCCCUCCCUUCGCUCCUUCCCUCCCUUCCCUCCCUUCCCUCUCUUCCCUCCCUGCGAUUUCUUUCCUCCCUUCUUCCCCCCCCCCCUUCCCCCACCGCCCCCAUUGGCGCCAAACAUUUUGGGCCGCCCCUUGUCCGGCGCUUGGGGCCGCUGGCAUCAUGCAUCGUGAUUUCACACCAGGAGAGUCGUCACAUGACACUCCAACCAUUCCCCAAUCACCCACUUUCCCCCCCAUUCCUCCCAUUCCCUUCCUGCCCCCUUCUUUCGCCUCGACAUCCCUCCUUACCUCCCUUCCCUCCCUUCCCUGCCUUCUCUCCCUUCCCUCCCUUCCCUGCCUUCUCUCCCUUCCCUCCUUUCAUCCUUCCCUUACCUUCCAUCCCUCCCAUCCCUCCCUUAUCUCUGUUCCCUGCCUUCCCUCCCUUCCCUCCCUUCCCACCCUUCCCUCCCUUCCCUCCCUUAUCUCUCUUCCCUACCAUCCCUCCCUCUAUACCUUCCACUUUCUUCCAUACCUUCCCUUUCAUGCCUCCCAUCACCUCUCCCUGCCGUCCCAUCUCCCCGUCAUGCCUCACCACCAUCCCAUCUCGUCCCCAUCUUUCCAAUCUUCUCCCAUCGUUGCCGCCCCUCCGUCCCCUUUUCAAAUCUUCUCCCAUCGUUGCCGCCCCUCCGUCCCCUUUUCAAAUCUUCUCCCAUCGUUGCCGCCCCUCCGUCCCCUUUUCAAAUCUUCUCCCAUCGUUGCCGCCCCUCCGUCCCCUUUUCAAAUCUUCUCCCAUCGUUGCCGCCCCUCCGUCCCCUUUUCAAAUCUUCUCCCAUCGUUGCCGCCCCUCCGUCCCCUUUUCAAAUCUUCUCCCAUCGUUGCCGCCCCUCCGUCCCCUUUUCAAAUCUUCUCCCAUCGUUGCCGCCCCUCCGUCCCCUUUUCAAAUCUUCUCCCAUCGUUGCCGCCCCUCCGUCCCCUUUUCAAAUCUUCUCCCAUCGUUGCCGCCCCUCCGUCCCCUUUUCAAAUCUUCUCCCAUCGUUGCCGCCCCUCCGUCCCCUUUUCAAAUCUUCUCCCAUCGUUGCCGCCCCUCCGUCCCCUUUUCAAAUCUUCUCCCAUCGUUGCCGCCCCUCCGUCCCCUUUUCAAAUCUUCUCCCAUCGUUGCCGCCCCUCCGUCCCCUUUUCAAAUCUUCUCCCAUCGUUGCCGCCCCUCCGUCCCCUUUUCAAAUCUUCUCCCAUCGUUGCCGCCCCCUCCGUCCCCUUUUCAAAUCUUCUCCCAUCGUUGCCGCCCCUCCGUCCCCUUUUCAAAUCUUCUCCCAUCGUUGCCGCCCCUCCGUCCCCUUUUCAAAUCUUCUCCCAUCGUUGCCGCCCCUCCGUCCCCUUUUCAAAUCUUCUCCCAUCGUUGCCGCCCCUCCGUCCCCUUUUCAAAUCUUCUCCCAUCGUUGCCGCCCCUCCGUCCCCUUUUCAAAUCUUCUCCCAUCGUUGCCGCCCCUCCGUCCCCUUUUCAAAUCUUCUCCCAUCGUUGCCGCCCCUCCGUCCCCUUUUCAAAUCUUCUCCCAUCGUUGCCGCCCCUCCGUCCCCUUUUCAAAUCUUCUCCCAUCGUUGCCGCCCCUCCGUCCCCUUUUCAAAUCUUCUCCCAUCGUUGCCGCCCCUCCGUCCCCUUUUCAAAUCUUCUCCCAUCGUUGCCGCCCCUCCGUCCCCUUUUCAAAUCUUCUCCCAUCGUUGCCGCCCCUCCGUCCCCUUUUCAAAUCUUCUCCCAUCGUUGCCGCCCCUCCGUCUAGCCUGUCAGAAAUAA